CUUCCACCGUGACACCAACAACGAGCAAGUCAACCACCCUCUCAUGCUGCCUUCGCCCUCCCUCCCUCAUCCCAAUGCCACUGCCACGUGUCAGAAUGCCACAUGCGGUUCUACUCCUCAUGCCCACUCAGUUGCCACUUCUUCUCACCAUGCCGCUACUCGCAACAUGCCUCCUCAGUGCCGCCAAGUCCUGUCUCCAGGUGCAAUGCAUGUCCUCGUGCUGUAUUUCGUCAUCGCUACUCUUGGCAUGCUGGUCUGGUGGAUGGGCGUGACGCACACGCAAGUCAGAGCAUGGGUGCAUCAGCAGGGAUUGGCUGUGAAGGCUGGGCUGAGAAGUGCAAGCAAGUGCCUCGUGGUAUGCCAUGCGCUCCAACCUCCACCACUGCAGCACAGCCCUGCCUCUUUUAUCCCCUCCCCUUCGUUAACCUUUCUCCCCUUCAUGCCGUCUCUCCUGUUUUCCAUGCAUUUUCACAUUCCUCUCCCAUCUCUCCGCCUUCUCCCUCCUGCCACUCACUUCACCACUCGUCCUGCCUUCUCUUCCUUGCCGUUGUCAUGCUGCAGCCACGUGAAGCCACGUCUGCUGCGCAGACUCACUUCUGGGAUUAUGGGAGUGGGUGAGGCUGUUGCAACUGCCAUCGUGGAUAUGGCUGAAACACACAAGUGGAAAGAGGCGAUGGAAAUGAGGAUGAACUUACUUGGCGUGCAGCUGGAAGCGACAAGUAGGGAGUUGGCAGCAACCAAGGGGGAGUUGGAGGAGGCUGAACGGCGAAGGGGAGCAGAGAUGAGGGAGGUGAAGGAACACCAGGAUGCUGUGAUGCAGUUGAGGGUUGAGGAGGCAAUGGGGAAAAGUGAAGGCGAUGAGAAGAAGGCAUGGCAGGUGAGUGCUGGGUGCAUGCAUGGUGGCUGCCUAGAAGAGAGCAUCACGAGGUUGCUGCUGUGUUUGCUGCUUUUUAAGCUUGAAAGAGAGAGAUGGAAGAAGAGUAAGCUUGCUCUUGGGCAAAGUGAACGUUUUGAGUUUGCAUGGGAGAAGAGUGCUGAGUGA